AUGGCUCCUACCGUGAAGUGGACUGAUGUGUCCAACAACACAAAUCAUAUCUGGUACAAAGAUGCAUGCCUUCGUCGAAAUGUCGCAUUUGGCUUAGGUCUUUGUCUUGUGAUUGCGAACAAUGUAAAUCAGCUUAGCUUGCUUACGGGUUUCCAAGCCAUGCCGUCGUGGCAGAGGUACUUCAAGAAUCCCAAAGGUGCUCUGCUGGGAAUCUAUGCGGCAUCUCUUAUCAUUCCAUCUAUCUUCACCUCGUUUGCCGGUGACUAUCUAUCCACGAGGCUGGGUCGCCGGUGGUGUAUCUUCAUUGCCAAUUCUAUCAUCCUUGCCGGCUCUCUGGUCAAUACUUUCGCGACUUCGAUUGGAAUGUGGUGCGGAGGCCGCGCUAUCAUUGGUGUUGGUGUUGGCGUAAUCAAGGUUGCAACGCCCGUUUUAAUCCAAGAAAUAGCCCAUCCGCGACUUCGACCCAUUCUCGGCUCUUGCUAUCAAACCGCUGCGUACAUAGGGAUCUGCUUCGCUGCCUUCAUGACAUUUGCUGGUCUAUAUGUCCCCGGUGACUGGGGUUGGAGAUUCCCUUCCCUGCUCCAGGUAGUUGGUCCAAUUGCAGUUUUUGUGGUGGUUAUUUUCUGCCCUGAAUCCCCACGUUGGCUUAUCAAGAAUGGUCGACGAGACGAAGCUCGUGAUAUUCUCGCCAAGUUACAUGCGAAUGGUGAUAGAGACGAUGCCCUUGUUCAACUUGAGAUCAGGGAAAUAGAGCAAGCCAUAGAGCGCGAAAGCUUGCAGCAGCAAACUACAUUCCUGGAUUUUGUACGGUCACCUGGAAAUCGACGACGCCUGGUAGCUCUUAUAGCAAUGGCCUGUUCUCUGAACUGGAUGGGUAACGGUGUUAUUACAUAUUUUUUGUCGCCAAUUUUGAAGUCGGUCGGCAUCACCGCUCCUGUCCAAAUCACUCUGAUUAACGCUGGUCUCGCCCUUUGGAACUUCCUUAUCGCCGGUUGCGCUGCAGUGCUCUGUGAUAAAGCUGGCCGUCGACCUCUAUUCCUCGCGUCGCUUGUCGGUAUGCUAUGCUCUUAUGCACUCGUCAUGGGCCUGUCAGCUGGAUUUUCUAAUACCAAGAACCAUUCAAUGGGAAUCGCCGUUAUUCCGUUUCUGUUUAUUUACUUCGGAUUCUACGAUAUAGCAUUUACCCCUCUACCAGUUGCUUAUACAGUUGAGAUCAUGCCGUUCAGUAUUCGAUCAAAAGGGAUGGCCCUUUUCACCAGUUUCGCAACUUUGGGCAACUCGUUUAAUCAAUUUGUUAACCCGAUUGCUCUGGAUGCAAUUGCCUGGAAAUACUACGGAGUGUACAUUGCUAUCCUGGUGUUCUAUAUUGGUCUCAUCUUCUUCAUGUUUCCGGAAACGAAGCGCCUCUCUGCAGAGGAUGCGUCGAGGGUGUUCGAUUAUGAUAAGAACGGGCACCUCUGGGGUCAUCAAGCAGACCAUUGUGAGACCGGUAGCAGUGGUACUGAAGACGAGAAAGAAUAUCCAGUGCGCACAACUGAGGAUGAACGGAGGAAUUAGGCUUUAUUUAGAACCGACACUCACUUCACUAGGUAAGGAGG